AUGGCUUCUUUGUUUGGAUCAUGGGGAGCAGAUCCUUUUGGCGAGAUGGUAGAGAAAGCAACAUCCGAACUUCUACCGGCCGGACAAGAGGAUAUAGCUCUAAAUUUAGAGAUUUGUGAUCAAGUGAGAUCUAAACAGGUUCCACCGAAACAAGCUAUGCAAACAAUCAAGAAAAGGUUGUCUCACAAGAAUCCAAACGUUGUCUUACUCGCCCUUGGCUUGACGGAUAUCUGUAUCAAGAAUGGAGGAGAUCACUUUUUGGCAGAAGUUGCAUCGAAAGAAUUUAUGGAUAAUCUUGAAUCCAUUCUACGCACACCCGGUGGUCCAAAUUACGAUGUAAAGACGAAAGCAUUAAAGCUCAUCCAAGAUUGGGCACAGAUCAGUGAAUCAAAACCACAUCAAAUGGGCUACAUUAUUGAUACAUACAAGUCACUCAAGUUUUCCGGCUUUGACUUUCCAGCUUCGGACCCUAACACUGUUGUAAGUGCGGCUUUGGUCGAAACCCUAACGGCACCCGAAUGGACAGAUAGCGAUGUGUGCACGAGAUGUAGGACAGCUUUUACGACAUUCAACCGAAAGCAUCACUGUCGUAAUUGCGGGAAUGUAUUCUGUCAAGACUGCUCUAGUAAGAAUAUGGCAUUGCCCUGGUUCGGUGUAGGACAAGAUGUACGGGUAUGCGAAGGAUGCUUCUUGCGAAAAGCCCCGCCAAAACCAAUAAUCGAUGGCUUUACACCCAGACUUUCGAGAUCAAAGUCUACUGUCGUUCCAUCUGGAAGAGGUGGUGUUGGUUCGCAUCAACGAUCGAAUACGCUUGGAGCCAGCUCUGGUAAGAACAAUCGAAGCUCAGCUCGAAAGAAGGAAGAAGAUGAUUUGGCACUGGCAAUCAAGCUAUCUCUUGAAGCAUCAGGAGGCUCGGCCCCCUCACAGCCAGAGUUCCGAGAAGGAAGGCCAACCCGACAAGCUGACGGAAGAAUGAUGGAAGGUACGGAUGCCGACGAUGAUCCUGAUUUGGCAGCUGCAAUUGCUGCAAGUCUUCGUGAUUAUGCACCUCCACAACCCAGUGCACCUGAUGAUGACGGACACGCGACACCAAGAACAAACACAUACUCUAGUCACCCGCAAGGAUCCUCAUUGCCAUUACCGCCUUCACUGGAGCUGCCAGCUUCAGAUGUUGAUGCCAUCUUGACAUUUUCGCAAAAUGCAUUCUCGCAAGAGAGAUUUGCACGACAAAAUGGCAGAUGGCAAGUUGGUCCUGGACAACAACAGCUUCAUUCAGAUUAUGAGCGUGCGACAACAGUGAGGCCCAGAGUUGCCAAGAGUCUUGAUGAAGCAACAAGACGGCAAGGCGUUCUCGCUUCGAUGCACGACAAGCUGUCAGAGGCUGUUCGCUUGUAUGAUGGUCUGUUGGAUGCUCAAAUGAGUAGACCUUCUUAUGGAGCAUAUGGAAACCAUCCGCAAAGCCAAAACAACUACUAUGCU